CUCUUGUAUAUCUACCUUGCCUUAGCUUUGCCCUCUCCUGUUCCCCUGCCUUGCCUUGGCUCUCGCUCUGCUCUUCUGUCCCAUGACACAUUGAUACUGUACCACCAAGACCAUGGUCUCUCUGGCCUUGCUCGUGGCGUGCCUGUGGAUGGAAGCGGCGGCCGCCGAUGACAGCCCUUCGCACAUGCUGUGGUUCCCCACCCAGGCCAUUAACUACAAGUCAUCCCUCCCCCUCGGCAACGGGCGACUCGGGGUGACGAUUGGAGGAUAUCCUGAUGAGUGGAUCAUCAUGAAUGAGGACUCGGUCUGGAGCGGACGCAAACAGGACCGAAUCAACCGCAAUGCUCCCGGUGCACUGGCUCGGAUUCGCCAAAAGCUCGACGCCGGAAACAUUGAUGCGGCCGAAGCGGAUUUUGCGAGCAACCUGGCGGGCGACCCGAGUCGACCGCGUAAGUUUGAACCGGCCGGCAAUCUCAAUGUCGUCACGGGCCACGACGGUCUCUCCAACGUGAACCGAACAUUGGAUCUCCAGACGGGCUUCUACUCGCACUCAUAUACCUCGAAGGGGGUGCGCUACACUCGCGAGGCCGUGGCCAGUGCUCCGGCCAAUGUCUUUGCCAUGCAAUUCACGGCCGACAGCCCGGGCCAAAUUGCCUUUGCCCUUUACAUGAGUCGCGACAAGGGCGUCGACUCGGUCGUGACGAACUCAGAACAGACGCACUGCAUCACUAUGAACGCGUACGGUUCGGACGAUCCGGGCUACCAAUUCACGUCCCGGGCCUGUCUCACCACCCAAGGAGGAAAUGUCACGACCGACGCCAUCAAGGGCAAUGCUCUUCACGUCAGCGGUGCCGACUCGGUCGUUCUCUGGUGGGACGCCGAGACUGCCUUUUACAGUCCUCAGUGGGAACAGGUCUUGACAGAUCGUCUCACCGCCGCCAUGGAAUCGACCUUUGACAUCAUUGCCAAGGCCGCCGUCGCUGACCACCAGAAAUACUAUGACCGCGUCUCGUUCAACGUGGGAGCUACGGCGCCGGCCGCAAGAUAUAACACCAUGGACCGCAUCGGCAACAUCCAAAAGACUCGGGAUCUCAACUCGGACCCGGAAUUGCUGGCUCUGAUGUGGAACUAUGGCCGUUAUCUCCUCAUUUGCUCGUCGCGGCCCGGAUCGCUGCCACCCAACCUGCAAGGCGUCUGGAAUGACCACAUGGACCCGCCUUGGGGCUCGAUGUACACCGUCAACAUCAACCUGCAAAUGAACUACUGGGCCGCCAAUACGGCCGGGCUCGGCGAUCUCAUGCAGCCGCUCUGGGAUUUGCUCAAGACGGCCGCGACAUCUGGGGUGGACUGUGCCCAGCGCAUGUACAAUGCCACAGGCUGGGUCGUUCAUCACAACCUGGAUCACUGGGGCGAUUGCGCGCCCGCCGACGGCAGCGGCCCUUGGGCGCCUUGGACUCUGGCCGGGGCAUGGCUGCUCAGCCACGCGAGUGAGCACUAUCGCUUCACUCGCAAUGCCACCUUUGCCAAACUCGUCGCGUUGCCGUUGAUGUCGUCGGCCCUAGACUUUUACACCAGCUUUGCCGUCGUCAGCCAGGGACAAAUCAAGGUCUACCCCUCCACGUCCCCGGAGAAUCAAUAUGCCAUGGACGCGGGAGGAAACUUGGUGGGCAUGGACAUUACACCCACGUCGGACCGGGCGUUGCUGUGGGACUUGGCGACGAGUUUCAUCGAGCUGAGCGAAGCCGUCGGCACUACCGAGGGCGUGACGCGAGCCCAGGCCUUUUUGGCGCAGAUUCCACCUCCCGCCGUCAACCCGAGCAACGGGCGGCUCCUUGAGUGGUCCAAGGACUUCCCCGAGGCCGAGGCCGGUCACCGGCACUUUAGCCCCCUCUAUGGCAUGCACCCCGGCCAUGAAUAUAGCCCGCUCAAGAAUCCAAACUUGUUCAAAGCCGCACAGCUCUUGCACCAGCACCGGACCGAAUCAGGCUCAGGGUCGACGGGCUGGUCUCGUAUGUGGUCCGCUUGCCUCCACGCGCGAAGCUUCCUGGGCGAUGCCGUCGUGGAAGACUUUGUGGAAAUGAUUGCCACUUACACGCUCUCGAACCUCUGGGCCAUUACGUCGGAUGUGUUCCAGAUUGAUGCUAACUUCGGCCUGGUCGAAGCUGUGAAUGAAGUGUUUCUGCAAUCCCACCUGGACGGCCUUGUGCAUCUGGGGCCGGCCCUGCCUACCAAGGCCCUGGCCAGUGGCUCCUUCACCGGAUGGAGAGCCCGCGGAGGGUUUCAAGUCGACGCUACAUGGGAAAAUAGCCACAUCAAAACGGCGACUAUUGUGGCGUCUGUUGACGGUCCGCUUAGCAUCAGAGUAGAGAAUGGGCUUAAAUUUAACGUCAACGGCAACCCGUACGCUGCCCCAAUUCAGGCCAAGAAAGGUCAGAAGUAUACCAUUACCCCUUUAUAGCUAAAAAGAUAUCAGCCGUACUUGUAAUUCUCCUUGCCACCGCAGUAGUACUUAUAUAGCAGUCGUUCGACUUGUGAAUCAC